ACGAGCAGUUCACUACCCAUCCGCCAUAGUCCGAAAGUUACCAAAUCCUCCUGCGAGGCCCCAGCACCGAAUGCCCCAGCACAACAAGGCGGCGUCGUUUGAGAGGAAGCGGCUAGAGGACCUGCUGCCGGGCUAGAUGACGGAAGUGGCGGGACGCCCCGGGACGUCGGGCGGCCUGGCGCUGCGGGCGGGCCAGUUCGUCUUCGCCGCCGCGUCCAUCUGCGCCAUGGCCUCCGCGCCCGGGUUCACCAACUACACAGCCUUCUGCUACUUGGUUGCAUCUAUGGGACUACAAGCACUAUGGAGCUUGGGGCUUGGAUGUCUUGAUUACUAUGCCUUGACAUUGAGAAGAGAUCUUCAGCAAGCUCUUCUCAUGAGCUUAUUUGUUGUUGGCGAUUGUGUGACAGCAAUUCUUUCGUUUGCUGCUGCAUGCUCAGCUGCAGGCGUAGUUGUGCUUUUCGAAAGGGAUGCGUACUUGUGCAGAAGGGAUCCUCAACUCCCUUGUGGAAGAUUCGAGGUUGCUGCUGCAUUUGCAUUUCUUUGCUGGACGUUUAGUGCUGCAUCCGCUCUGGUAAUGUCUUGGCUGCUUGCCUCCUUGUGAAUAGUGAUCUUGUGUAAGGUGUCUGUAAUGCUCUCUUUGUAUAUCUCGAGCAUGCUCUCUCAUUGUACACAUGCUCAUUUUGUGUGUGGGCAGACCACACGCUAGAAAUUGUGUUUGGUUGGAUGUAUAAGGAGGGAUGGAAAUGGGCGGCUA